CGCGUUCCCCGCGCGCCGGCAGGAGGCGCGCGCUGCCUGGAAACGCCCCAGCGCCGCCCGCGCCCAGAGACCCGCCGCUGUGGCGCAGCGAGAGCCCGGGAGGAGGCGCGGGAACGCGCGCUGGGGGUCAGGUGCCGGAAGAGGAAACCUCUCGCUGGGGCUAGGAGUUCGGCGGGGCGCGCGCCGGCGGCUGCGGAGCUGGCAGGUGCGAAGCGUCUGCACCUGGCGGGCGAUGGCGCCCGAUGCGGGCGCCCCGGGAUAGCGUGGGCGAGGCUGCGGGGCCCCGGCGCGCACGCCCGCACCUCUCCCCAGCCCUGGCGUGGGCCCAGCCCGGCCCAGGCAGCAAUGGGGUUCCUGCAGCUGCUGGUCGUAGCGGUGCUGGCAUCCGAACACCGGGUGGCUGGUGCAGCCGAGGUCUUCGGGAACUCCAGCGAGGGUCUUAUUGAAUUUUCUGUGGGGAAAUUUAGAUACUUCGAGCUCAAUAGGCCCUUUCCAGAGGAAGCUAUUUUGCAUGAUAUUUCAAGCAAUGUGACUUUUCUUAUUUUCCAAAUACACUCACAGUAUCAGAAUACAACUGUUUCCUUUUCUCCGACUCUCCUUUCCAAUUCCUCGGAAACAGGCACUGCCAGUGGACUGGUUUUCAUCCUUAGACCAGAGCAGAGUACAUGCACUUGGUACUUGGGGACUUCAGGCAUACAGCCUGUCCAGAAUAUGGCUAUCCUACUCUCCUACUCAGAAAGAGAUCCUGUCCCUGGAGGCUGUAAUUUGGAGUUUGAUUUAGAUAUUGAUCCCAACAUUUACUUGGAGUAUAAUUUCUUUGAAACGACUAUCAAGUUUGCCCCAGCAAACCUAGGCUAUGCAAGAGGCGUAGAUCCCCCACCAUGUGACGCUGGGACAGACCAGGACUCCAGGUGGAGGUUGCAGUAUGAUGUCUAUCAGUAUUUUCUGCCUGAGAAUGACCUCACUGAGGAGAUGUUGCUGAAGCAUCUGCAGAGGAUGGUCAGUGUGCCCCAGGUGAAGGCCAGUGCUCUCAAGGUGGUUACCCUAACAGCUAAUGAUAAGACAAGUGUUUCCUUCUCCUCCCUCCCGGGACAAGGUGUCAUAUACAAUGUCAUUGUUUGGGACCCGUUUCUAAAUACAUCUGCUGCCUACGUUCCUGCUCACACAUAUGCUUGCAGCUUUGAGGCAGGAGAGGGUAGUUGUGCUUCCCUAGGAAGAGUGUCUUCCAAAGUGUUCUUCACUCUUUUUGCCCUGCUUGGUUUCUUCAUUUGUUUCUUUGGACACAGAUUCUGGAAAACAGAAUUAUUCUUCAUAGGCUUUAUCAUCAUGGGAUUCUUCUUUUAUAUACUGAUUACAAGACUGACACCUAUCAAGUAUGAUGUGAAUCUGAUUCUGACAGCUGUCGCUGGAAGCGUCGGUGGAAUGUUCUUGGUAGCUGUGUGGUGGCGAUUUGGAAUCCUCUCGAUCUGCAUGCUCUGUGUUGGACUAGUGCUGGGGUUCCUCAUCUCGUCAGUGACUUUCUUUACUCCACUGGGAAACCUAAAGAUUUUUCAUGAUGAUGGUGUAUUCUGGGUCACUUUCUCUUGCAUAGCUAUCCUCAUUCCAGUAGUUUUCAUGGGCUGCCUAAGAAUACUGAACAUACUGACUUGUGGAGUCAUUGGCUCCUAUUCGGUGGUUUUAGCCAUUGACAGUUACUGGUCCACAAGCCUUUCCUACAUCACUUUGAACGUACUCAAGAGAGCGCUCAACAAGGAUUUCCACAGAGCUUUCACAAAUGUGCCUUUUCAAACUAAUGACUUUAUUAUCCUGGCAGUAUGGGGCAUGCUGGCUGUAAGUGGAAUUACGUUACAGAUUCAAAGAGAGAGAGGACGACCGUUCUUCCCUCCCCACCCAUACAAGUUAUGGAAGCAAGAGAGAGAGCGCCGAGUGACAAACAUUCUGGACCCUAGCUACCACAUUCCUCCAUUGAGAGAGAGGCUCUAUGGCCGAUUAACCCAGAUCAAAGGGCUCUUCCAGAAGGAGCAGCCAGCUGGAGAGAGAACGCCUUUGCUUCUGUAGAUGCCCAGGGGCUUGGUCAGUGUGCCUCAGCUUUGGAGUUCAUGCCUGGAGUGGUUCAACAGUCUCUGGUGCAAGUCUAGUCACAUUUAUAGAAUGGAUUACCUUGGAGUGCUGCUCUUUUAACUUCAUUAUUAUACCCGGAUCAUCUUUUUUGCUAGCCAUUAGCAAUCUAAACAUUUGUUCUCGGUACUUGCUCAUUAUAAGUUCCAAGGCCGACUGAUGUUCUUCCAGAGAUGUACGUAAUUCUAUCAAGAAUAAUAUUGUAUUUUAUUCCAACUUGAGUUAAAAGUACACAAAAUAUUCUCUUCCACUAAGCAACUUAUGAACAGGACAUUUUAAAAAGAAAACACAAUGCACAAAAAUCUAGCCAUAUAACAAUAAGAGACACCAAAUGAAGUCCCGUAUUAGUUUUUUGAAUAUUUUAAGCUUGUUUCUUGAGAAUCAUUUCAACAAAGAUGUACUAAACAGCAAUUAAUAUCGGCCAAGGCUCCCUCUAUAUUAAGGGCCACAGACCUCAAGAGUCUAGUAGAGAAAACAAGCAUGUGGUAGGUGGCAGAGUGGAGUGUUAAGUCAAAUAGAUUUAAGAGAUGUCUAUGGGAAGAAACUGGUGGAAGCUUUGUAGAAGUACAGUGUGAGUUCCCUCAGUUGAAAAGUGAAGGAAUGGACCUUCUAAGCAGGUAGGCAUGAAAACAGAUGACGUGUUUAGGAAGUGACUGGUGUUGGCAAGAGCAAAGAGUUCACAGUGAAGAAAGCUGUGGGAAAAAGAUUUAAAAAAAAGGCUGGGAAAUGAUUUUUAGGGACCCUGUAAAAGGUAAUAAGUAUAUAAUGAAAGUUCUUAGGCAAAAGAAUUACAUGAUCAGACUGAUUUUUGAAAUAUCAAUCUGAUGGUUAUGUUGAAGACAGAUUGGAAGGGGGAAGAGAGACUGGAAUCAGGGAGAUCAGUUUGGACAUUUCAGGCAAGAGACUGAGCAUCUAAUCUGGGGGCCAAUGCAGUGGGACUGCAGAGAAUGAAGCUGGGUUAUUUCAUAGCUAACAACAGCAGUGCUAACUGGAUAUUAAGGGUGAGAAUCUAAGAGGAUGUCAACCAGGCAUAUGUGGGACAGGAUAAAGAGCAAUAAAUACGAUUUAGGAAUAUAGACUAGAAAUGGGAUUAAUGUCAAAAAGUAACGUAUCUUA